UGUUCACGCCUGUGACGCAGUCACAGAGAAAGACCUUCGCAGCAUUAUAGCAGCAUCCUCAGCACCAUUGCUGUUCUCAUUUAGCUGAACCGCGAGGAAAAGCUUGAGAUAAUCAAAAAGGAUUGUUUUGAGGCCCGCCGACGUCUAGCAGAAUGACUAAAGAGCAGACUGCCGAGGUGGAGGAGGAGGCCCAGCCUGCCUCUGAGUACCAGAGCCCAGUUCACGAGCCCCGGAAGAGGCCCAUGGUCCACCCAUCUGCCCAGGCCCCCCUCCCCAAAGACUAUGCCUUCACAUUCUUUGACCCAAAUGAUCCUGCGUGUCUGGAGAUCCUGCUGGAUCCGCGCACCACCAUCCCAGAGCUGUUUGCCAUCAUCCGUCAGUGGGUCCCACAGGUCCAGCACAAGAUCGACCUCAUCGGAAACGAGAUCUUGAAGCGUGGUUGCCAUGUCAACGACCGUGACGGACUGACAGACAUGACCUUGCUCCACUACAGUUGCAAAGCCGGGGCCCAUGGAGUCGGUGACCCUGCCGCUGCCCUCAGGCUGUCCAAUCAGCUAAUUUCCCUGGGGGCAGACGUGAGUCUCCGCAGCCGCUGGACCAACAUGAACGCCCUGCACUACGCAGCCUACUUCGACGUGCCAGAGUUGAUUCGCAUUCUCCUCAAGGCCUCCAAACCCCGAGUGCUGAAUUCCACCUGUAGUGACUUCCACCAUGGCACAGCCCUGCACAUCGCUGCCUCCAACCUGUGUCUGGGAUCAGUCCAGUGUCUGCUAGAGCAUGGAGCCAACCCCACUGUCCGGAAUGAUAAGGGCCAGGGGCCGGCCGAGGUGGUCCCUGACCCCAUGGACAUGACUCUGGACAAAGCGGAGGCGGCCAUGGUGGCCAAGGAGCUGAAGCAGCUGCUGCUGGACUCUGUGCCACUCAGCUGCAACCUGCCCCGUGCCACCCUGCUCAACUACGACAACAUCCCUGGCAACCUCAUGCUCACCUCCAUCGGCCUGAAACUGGGCGACCGUGUGGUGCUGGACGACAUGAAGCUCCCCAAAAAAUCGAGCAGUGAUGAAAUUGACAUCUCAGCUCUGCAUCACCUGAAGCAGACGGGCACCCUGCGCUUCUGUGGGACCACGGAGUUCGCCAGUGGCCAAUGGGUAGGGGUGGAGCUGGACGAGCCAGAGGGCAAGAACGACGGAAGUGUGGGGGGGGUGCGUUACUUCAUCUGCCCCCCCAAAUUGGGUAUCUUUGCUCCAGUGUCGAAAAUCGCCAAAGCUGUUGAGCUGGCCCCCUCCUCUGUCACCUCCACACCCAAGACGCCCCGCAUGGACUUCUCCCGCGUCACAGGAAAGAACAAGAAAGAAAAGAAGGAAAUAAUGGAGAGAGAGAAAGCUCUGAGGAAGAAGUCUAUGUCCGUGGCCAGUCUGGACCCAGAUGGGGUGAAAGUGGAACUUGGAGACCGGGUGCUGGUUGCUGGUGUGAAGCAGGGAAUCAUACGCUAUUACGGAAAGACAGACUUUGCCCCAGGUUACUGGUUUGGUGUGGAGCUGGAGCAGCCCACAGGAAAGCAUGACGGGUCUGUUUUUGGUGUCCGCUACUUCACCUGCCUGCCCAAGUACGGCGUCUUUGCACCCCCGUCUCGCGUACAGAGAAUCGGCGGAUCAAAGGACGGUCAGAGCGGCGACGGCACGACGGUGAAGAAAGUCCACCAGGUGUCUAUGAACCAGCCAAAGCGUAAAUUCAACGCGGUGAGGUCACCUAAGGACAUCACGUCUGAGAGCUCAAUAUCCAGGUUGCUGUUCUGCUGCUGGUUCCCCUGGAUGCUGCGAGCCGAGAUGCAGUCCUAACCACACUCUCCUUCCACCUCCUCUUCCUCCUCCUCAAAAGAUCUACUGCUCUCCUCUUAGUGUCCAUCUUUCAUUUGUGCUUUUCUCUGGCUGUUGCUGUCAGAAUUACAGUAGUGAACCACGCCCCCCCCCUCCACUCUCCAUUCCCCUUGAUUGCAGUCAGUCCUAUAGCAAAACCUAGUGCCUUGUAUGUUAACUAACAUCCUGCAUUCCGUUUGUAACACUAAUAAUGAGACAAAAUAAUUGUAACUCGAAAUCUGGGACACAAACUCUACAAAAGCAACUAUCUAAUAGAUAUAUUCAUUUAGUUUUUGUAAGUUUCUCUAUUUUGGUGUCGAUUGCUUGUUGUUACCCUGUCAGAAGUUGCCAAAACCCUUAGACCAGUCAGCCAACUUCUCAUGCCAUGGAGCUUCUACUAGGGAACCUUUCAAAUGACUAAUUACAUACUGAUAUACUUUGAUUUGCUGCUCCUUCAUCCUCAUUUCCAGUAUUUCAGAGGAGACCAACACAUUGUCUGUCUGUCUGUACUAAAGGGAUUGAUCCAAAAUGUGCAAGUGUGAGUCAAAUCGUGUUACUAAUUUAUUUUCCCAUAAACAUGCCUUUUUAUUGUGAAAAGAUGUGACAUGAAUAUAUGGUCAUGUUCUUCUAAUGUCAUAUGUCCUAAAGAAAACAGGGUUUAAUAUUAUUCAGGAUUCCUACAUCCACUAUUUCUCCACUUGCACUCUGAGAAUUUUCCCAAAUGUGCAAUUGGAAAUUUGUAUAUAGUAUUGAUUUGCUUGUUAAUGGGCUUGUGUAAUUGUAAUAUGCUCACACAUGGUCCGAAAAUGAAGUUCCUGGUCUCCGGAACUAAAUUCUUUGAGAGAUCCCUGUUAAAUACUAGUUACCAGUUUUAGGAAAUGUAAUGCUAGCACGUACGUAUGUCAAUCAUAAUGUCCCAACUUCAUUUCUGAAGGACAUCUUUAUCUGCACAGAUAACUUCUCUACCCUUGAAAGACAAUUUUCUAGCAAUGGUAUAAAUCGUAGUAUUAUAGACACCUCUAUUUGUCCAUAACUGGGUCAAAUAAGACUUUCUUAACUUGGUUUUAGGUGUUUAUUGCACUUUUGAACCAGUUGGUCUCAGAUCCAAGUUACGUUAACCAAAAUAGCUGCUCACCCCAAAAUGUAAUAUAAGGGUAAACCACUUAGAUUAAUAUUGUUUAAAGCUGUUUUCUUUAUUGUGUAGCAUGAAGUAGCAAUAACUUUUGCUUAACUUUUAACUUAAACGUAAUGUUAAAAAAAGCUUUAUUUGCCCACAUUUUUAAGUUUUGUUUAUAGAAAUAGGAAAUCUACAGGGGUACCAAAAUAUACUUGUUCAAGAUAUGCUUCUUAAUAAACUAGUACCCUCCUCCCCAUCUGUAGGUUCCUUGUGGCACCAAAAGUGUUAAUCUCAGGCUAAAUCUGCACAGACGGAACAUCUGCUAGCUCAGUGCUACCACAGUUUACACCCUCUGUUGACUAUCCUCUCAUGCUUCUCUCUCCUUUUCUCUCAAAGUUAGGCUUUGGUAAGUUUGUGGGUGUGAGCAUUAGGAAAAAAAAAACAUGACCGUCUAAACUUGUGUGCGCUUAAUGUCAAAAUCUAUGAGUAUGUGCAUAAAAACAGCAAUAUUUAACUGUGUACUUUGCAAUGUGGAUAUGGAUAGUGUCUUUUGUCUACUCAACACUAUGUAAGAACACCAUGAGGAGGAGAGAAAACACCUGAACUUCCUCCUGCACUCUCUGAACACCGUUGUGAACCUCCUGUGUUAACAGCACCGCAGAACAACGACAAAAAUACUCAUUAUCAGAAAGUGUCUAAAUACUGUUGCACCAUGUCGUUUUCCAAAAUCGCCCCUUGUAAAAUGUGGCACUGAGCAAUGUGGAACUGAACGCAACAAUGCGUGGUUGUUUUUGAUAUUGCUAGUGUAAAGUUAUGACUAGGUCUGUAAGAGAGCCGCUGAACAACAAGGAUACUAUGAGGGAAUCAGCUUCAGCUUGAUUUGAUCUGAAUAAGGGAGAUGAGUAUAUCCAGUUUGAGAGAAACUCGUCCAUUAAACCUCAAAGUCAUUUAAUGGGAUACUUAAGAUCCUGUGGCAUUUGGAACUUUUCUCCUUUUUUUAUUUAAUUUAAUUACUAUCUCAACACAAAAUGUUGCAAACUUUAUCAGGACAGCUCGCUUUGUUAAAAUCCUAUGUUAGCCAAGAAAGGCUCAAAUUAUACUGUGUCAAGAAGGACUGUGAGUUUCUUUACUAGUAGAUAACAAACAAAUCCUCGCCCCAUACUGAAGUGCUUGAUAAUGAGUACAAACACAUCAGAAUGUUUUGUCUUUACUACUUAUGCUGGAAAAAUGUCAUUAGAAAUAAGUAUAGCGUGCAACAUUGUUCAUACUUACUACAUGGUUGAGUUCAAUAGUUGGUUGACUGGCAGAUUUUAUGCUCAAGAAAAGUCGUUUGAUGCCAAGAUUGACCAAAAUGGUGUAGUUAUUGCCUCGAUGUUACACUGGUAGCAUAAUGUGUACCAUAAUAUGCCAGUAGAUGUCAUUAAUGUGUUACUUUGUUAUCAUCUACAACUAACAACUUGACAAGAAUCUACGUUGAUGAGUCAGUCCUCUCUUCAAAUGUUAUGUUCAUUCGAGGACACUAUGAACAUGUAUGUAAUCGUAUUAAGUGGUGUACUGUCAUUUUUUUUUUUUUACUAAAAAAACAUGUUAUUCUAAAACUCUAUCUCAACAAUGGUUAAUUUUCUUCAUAGACAUGUCGUUGCAGUUUGUUAAAAAUAUAUUUUGAUAAUUUCACUAAGUGUACUUUUAUUUUCCAGUUUUCCAGUGUGUUGGUGUCUGUGUCCAAAAAUAGUUAAUUAACUGGGGGGUGGGGGUGUACUGUUGGAUUUAUUAGUGUCGUGAAUAAUAUUCAUUGCAUGCUCUUUAUUUGCUGAAAGUUUCUUUUUACGAUGGUGUAUCUCAGCAUGAAAAUGCUUAUAAUUACAACUCUGACUAUGAAUCUAAUAAAAGUUGAUGUUGUUUUCUA